AUGGAUGGGCUCAGCCCUGGCCAGGGCAACAACACAACAUCGUCGCAGGGUCCCUUUGGGACAGGUGACAACACUACUGGCAUCUCCGACGUGACCUUCAGCUACCAAGUGAUCACCUCUCUACUACUGGGCACGCUCAUCUUCUGUGCUGUGCUAGGCAAUGCCUGCGUGGUGGCCGCCAUCGCCCUGGAGCGCUCCCUGCAGAACGUGGCUAACUAUCUCAUCGGCUCCUUGGCGGUCACCGACCUCAUGGUGUCGGUGCUGGUGCUGCCCAUGGCCGCGCUGUACCAGGUGCUCAACAAGUGGACCCUGGGCCAGAUCACCUGCGACCUGUUUAUCGCCCUCGACGUGCUGUGCUGCACCUCGUCUAUCCUGCACCUGUGCGCCAUCGCGCUGGACAGAUACUGGGCCAUCACGGACCCCAUCGACUAUGUGAACAAGAGGACUCCCAGGCGCGCCGCUGCGCUCAUCUCGCUCACUUGGCUCAUUGGCUUCCUCAUUUCCAUCCCGCCCAUGCUGGGCUGGCGCACCCCCGAAGACCGCUCGGACCCCAACGCUUGCACCAUCAGCAAGGACCAUGGCUACACCAUCUAUUCCACUUUCGGCGCUUUCUACAUACCUCUGCUGCUCAUGCUGGUUCUCUACGGGCGCAUCUUCCGAGCCGCGCGCUUCCGCAUCCGCAAGACGGUCAAGAAGGUGGAGAAGAGGGGAGCGGACACUCGCCUUGGAGCAUCGCCAGCGCCACAGCCCAAGAAGAGCGUUAAUGGAGAGCCAGGGAGCAGAGACUGGAGGCGGGGCGUGAACAAGGCAGGGGGGACUUUGUGCGCCAACGGCGCGGUGAGGCAGGGCGACGAUGGCGCCGCCCUGGAGGCGAUAGAGGUGCACCGAGUGGGCAACUCCAAAGAGCACCUGCCGCUCCCCAGCGAGGCCGGUGCUGCCUCCUGCGCCCCCACCUCCUUCGAGAGGAAAAAUGAGCGCAACGCCGAGGCCAAGCGCAAGAUGGCCCUGGCCCGCGAGAGGAAGACGGUAAAGACACUGGGUAUCAUCAUGGGCACCUUCAUCCUCUGCUGGCUGCCCUUCUUCAUCGUGGCUCUGGUCCUGCCCUUCUGCGAGAGCAGCUGCCACAUGCCCACCCUUUUGGGCGCUAUAAUCAACUGGCUGGGCUACUCCAACUCUCUGCUAAACCCUGUCAUUUAUGCCUACUUCAACAAGGACUUUCAAAACGCCUUUAAGAAGAUCAUCAAGUGCAAGUUCUGCCGCCAGUGA